UCUCCUUCCUUCUCCUCUAAAACGACUAAACCACACUCUCUCCCCUCUCUUCUCCCUCGUUCUCCGCGAGCUCGUUCGCUCGCUCUCGAGAGCGCGAGCGAGCGCGGCGAUGAUGAAGGCAACAACCCACCACUUCCCCGACAUGGGGAAGAAGGCGAAAGAUCUUUUAGCGAAGGAUUAUAGCUUCGAUCAGAAGUUCAACAUCUCAGCCUACAGCGCCGCGGGAGCAGAUGUUAUUGCAUCUGCUUUAAGAAAACAUGUUGAGGAGGAAGCUCGUGAUCUUAGUGGCGAAGCCUUUUCUCGAUUCAUGGAUCAGCUGUAUGAUCAGAUCUCUAGCCUUUUAGAGAGCAACGAGGUUGCUGAUAAUUUGCUGGCUCUUCGCGCCAUUGAUGCGCUAAUUGAUGUUUCCUUUGGGGAAAGUGCUUCCAAGGUUUCAAAAUUUUCUGCCUACCUGCGGAAUGUAUUUGAACUAAAGCGCGAUCCUGAAAUCUUAGUUCUUGCGAGUACUGUUCUGGGCCAUCUUGCGAGAGCUGGGGGGGCAAUGACCGCUGAUGAAGUGGAGCGUCAGAUUAAAAAUGCAUUGGAGUGGCUUCGCGGGGAGAGAGUUGAGUUUCGCCGUUUUGCGGCUGUACUUAUCCUCAAAGAAAUGGCUGAAAAUGCAUCCACGGUUUUCAAUGUUCACGUACCCGAGUUUGUGGACGCCAUAUGGGCAGCAUUAAGGGAUCCCACUUUGGCUGUCCGUGAAAAGGCUGUGGAAGCUUUGCGGGCUUGCUUACGUGUUAUUGAGAAGCGUGAGACACGGUGGAGAGUGCAGUGGUACUACCGAAUGUGUGAAGCAGCGCAAGUUGGACUUGGUAAGAAUGCUUCAGUUCAUAGCAUUCAUGGCUCGCUGCUUGCUGUGGGAGAACUUUUGAGGAACACAGGCGAGUUUAUGAUGUCCAGGUACAGAGAGGUGGCAGAUAUUGUUCUUAAAUACCUUGAGCACCGUGAUAGACUUGUCCGUCUCAGUAUAACAUCAUUGCUUCCCCGUAUUGCUCACUUCUUGCGUGACCGAUUUGUGACGAACUAUUUGAAGAUAUGCAUGGAUCAUAUACUGGCAGUUUUACGUACACCAGCUGAACGUGCCAGUGGGUUUAUUGCUCUUGGAGAGAUGGCGGGAGCACUGGAUGGCGAACUCAUCCCCUAUUUGCCAACAAUUACUCCUCACUUGCGUGAUGCUAUUGCUCCUCGUAGGGGAAGGCCAUCAGUUGAGGCCAUUGCUUGUGUAGGAAGUUUCGCAAAUGCCAUGGGUCCUGCUAUGGAACCUCAUGUCCGUAGCCUUCUAGAUUCAAUGUUUGCUGCUGGUCUUUCGGAUGCCCUUGUACAGGCUCUUGAGCAGAUAACAUUAAGCAUCCCAUCAUUACUAACAACAGUACAAGAUCGUUUGCUGGACUCUAUUUCACUGGCACUUUCAAAAGCUUAUCCACUAGCAAAGACAGGUGUUUCUGCUGUUCGAGCAAGUACGCUGAAUAACACCCAACAGCUUUCAGAUAUUAGUGGACCAGCCCUUGUGCAGCUUGCUUUGCGAACCCUAGCUCGAUUUAAUUUUAAGGGCCAUGAGCUUCUGGAGUUUGCUAGAGAAUGUGUUGUUGUUUAUUUGGAGGAUGAGGAUGGUAAUACAAGGAAAGAAGCUGCAAUAUGCUGUUGCAGAUUAGUUGCGAACUCCUUUUCUGCAGUUCCUUGUCCACCAUUCACUUCAAGUAGAUCAAGUCGGAUUGGUGGAGCAAAAAGACGUCGCCUUAUAGAAGAGAUAGUACAAAAACUUCUUAUUGCUGCAGUUGCAGAUGCUCAUGUGGGUGUCCGGAAGUCAAUAUUUGAGUCUCUUAAUGAGAAUCCUGCUUUCGAUGAAUUCUUGGCACAGGCCGAUAGUUUGACUUCAAUUUUUGUUGCCUUAAAUGAUGAGGACAUUGAUGUCCGAGUAUUAGCAAUAUCGGUUACUGGGAGAUUAUCUGAAAAGAAUCCCGCAUAUGUGCUCCCAGCACUUCGUCGCCAUCUCAUACAACUGCUCACAUAUCUGGAUAGGAGUAUGGAUAGCAAGUGUAGAGAAGAAAGUGCUAGACUAUUGGGCUGCUUGAUACGAAAUUGCGGACGAUUGAUACUUCCAUAUAUUGCCCCAAUUCAUAAGACACUCGUUGCGAGACUAUGUGAUGGCACUGGAGUUAAUGCUAAUAAUGCUGUUGUUACUGGAGUUCUUUCUACUGUGGGGGAACUUGCCAAAGUGGGAGGCUUUGCAAUGAGACGUUAUCUUCCUGAGCUCAUGCCUUUGAUUGUUGAUGCUCUUCUGGAUGGAGCUGCUGCUAAUAAACGGGAAGUUGCGGUGGCAACUCUUGGUCAAGUUGUACAAAGCACAGGCUAUGUUAUUUCUCCAUAUAACGAGUACCCCCUGUUGCUUGGCUUACUCUUGAAACUGUUGAAUGGUGAGUUGGCAUGGUCGACUAGAAGGGAAGUAUUGAAGGUUUUAGGGAUUAUGGGUGCUUUAGACCCCCACAUUCAUAAGCGCAAUCAGCAUAGUUUACCUGGAUCACAUGGAGAGGUCACUAAUGCAGCGAGCGAGGUUGGUCAACAUAUUGUCUCUAUGGAAGAGUUACCUACUGAACUCUGGCCAUCAUUUACAGCGUCAGAGGACUACUAUUCUACGGUUGCUAUUAAUUCUCUCAUGCGAAUUCUUCGAGACCCUUCGCUUUCAAGCUAUCAUCAGAAGGUGGUGGGUUCUCUUUUGUUCAUAUUUAAGUCAAUGGGCCUUGGCUGUGUUCCAUACUUGCCAAAGGUUCUUCCUGAUCUUUUCAAUGCUGUUCGCAUGUGUGAAGAUGGUGGUUUGAAAGAGUUUAUAACUUGGAAGCUCGGGACGUUGGUAUCUAUUGUAAGACAGCACAUACGGAAAUAUUUACCAGAGUUGCUCAGAUUGAUCUCUGAUCUGUGGUCUUCAUCAUUCGGUUUGCCUGCAACAAGCCGACAAGUGCCAGGUUCACCUGUUCUUCACCUUGUGGAACAACUUUGCUUAGCCUUGAACGAUGAAUUCAGAUCAUACCUGCCGGACAUUCUUCCGUGUUGUAUACAAGUUCUUAAUGAUGCUGAACGCUGCAAUGACUAUAGUCAUGUUCAUGAUGUGUUGCAUACUCUUGAAAUAUUUGGUGGAACCCUGGAUGAGCAUAUGCAUUUAAUUAUUCCUGCACUCAUUCGAUUAUUCAAAGUGGAGGCUUCUAUCGAUAUAAGACGUCGUGCAAUUAUUACUCUAACUAGACUUAUCCCGCGGGUGCAGGUCAGCAGUCAUGUUUCUGCUCUUGUGCAUCAUUUGAAAUUAGUCUUGGAUGGGAACAAUGAUGAGCUAAGGAAAGAUGCUGCAGAUGCUCUCUGUUGCCUUGCACAUGCUCUUGGGGAGGACUUCACAAUUUUCUUACCAUCUAUUCACAAACUUCUUGUGAAGCACCAUAUGCGGCAUAAAGGUUUGGAUGAGAUUGAAAGCCGUCUUCGAAACCGUGAGCCACUAAUCUCAGACAACUUACCUGUCCAAAAAUAUGCGCAAGACCCUCCUUCUGAAGUCAUUAGUGAUCCGCUCAAUGAUUUUGAUAGCGAGCCAUAUGAGGAAGGUGAUGAAGCACACAAGCAACUGAGAAGCCAUCAAGUUAAUGAUGUUCGAUUAAGAACUGCUGGUGAGGCUUCUCAGAGGAGUACGAAGGAAGAUUGGGCCGAGUGGAUGAGACACUUUAGUAUUGAACUUCUUAAAGAGUCACCAUCACCUGCUCUGCGGACUUGUGCAAGGUUGGCACAACUGCAGCCUUCUGUGGGGCGUGAAUUGUUUGCUGCUGGCUUUGCCAGCUGCUGGGCAGAAAUGAAUGAAGCAUCCCAAGAGCAAUUAGUCAGGAAUCUGAAGACAGCCUUCUCAUCUCAAAAUAUUCCUCCAGAAAUUCUGGCUACUCUACUAAACUUGGCGGAGUUUAUGGAACAUUAUGAAAAACCUCUUCCAAUAGAUACCCGACUGCUUGGUGCGCUUGCUGAGAAGUGUCGAGCAUUUGCAAAAGCUCUUCACUACAAGGAAAUGGAGUUUGAAGCUGCACGCUCUAAGAAGAUGGGUGCAAAUCCUGUUACUGCGGUGGAGUCCCUUAUUCAUAUAAAUAAUCAGUUACAUCAGCAUGAGGCUGCUGUUGGGAUUUUGACGUACUCACAGCAAAAUCUGGAUGUUCAACUAAAGGAAUCUUGGUAUGAAAAACUGCAGCGAUGGGAUGAAGCACUCAAGGCAUACACAAUAAAAGCUUAUCAAGCAUCUAGUCCACUUCAAAAUUUAGAUGCUACGCUAGGACGAAUGCGGUGCCUUGCCGCCUUAGCUCGUUGGGAAGAGCUUAGUGCUCUAUGCAGAGAGCAAUGGACUGCUGCCGAGCCAGCAGCUCGGUUGGAAAUGGCUCCUAUGGCUGCUAAUGCUGCAUGGAACAUGGGAGAGUGGGACCAGAUGGCUGAAUAUGUUUUACGUUUGGACGAUGGGGAUGAGAGCAAACUCCGUACAUUAGGUAAUACAACUACUAGUGGUGAUGGAAGCAGCAAUGGUGCUUUCUUUAGAGCUGUUCUUUUGGUUCGUCGUGAGAAGUAUGAUGAAGCUCGUGAGUAUGUUGAGAGAGCGAGGAAGUGCUUGGCAACAGAACUCGCAGCAUUAGUUCUGGAGAGUUAUGAGCGUGCUUAUAGCAACAUGGUCCGGGUUCAACAGCUGUCUGAGUUAGAAGAGGUGAUUGAUUACUGUACUCUUCCAGUUGGAAACCCUGUUGCAGAUUCUCGGAGGGAACUAAUCCGUAACAUGUGGAAUGAGCGAAUACAGGGAGCAAAACGAAAUGUUGAGGUUUGGCAAGGCCUCCUUGCAGUAAGAGAGCUGGUUCUUCCCCCAAAUGAAGACAUAGAAACCUGGCUUAAAUUUGCUUCGCUUUGUCUACAAAGUGGCCGCACUAAUCAGGCCAGAUCUACCUUAAUUAAACUCCUACAGCAUGACCCUGAAUCAUCUCCCGAACUUUUAUUAUCCCAUGGACAUCCUCAAGUCGUGCUUGCAUACCUGAAAUACCAGUGGUCUCUUGGGGAUGAACUAAAAAGGAAAGAAGCAUUCUCUAGGUUACAAGAUCUGUCCAUGCAGCUUGCUGCAAAUACAAAUAGCUAUGCAGGAUCACUAAUGAAUUCAUCUAAUUCUUUGAGUGGUGGCGUUCCACUUCUUGCCCGUGUUUAUCUGACACUUGGGACCUGGAAGAGAGCACUAUCACCUGGCUUGGAUGACGACUCCAUACAAGAAAUCCUAAUGUCAUUCAAAAAUGCCACUCAUUGUGCUAAGGAUUGGGGAAAAGCAUGGCAUACUUGGGCUUUGUUUAACACUGCAGUCAUGUCUCACUAUACUAUGAGAGGUCGCUCUGAUAUUGCUGGGAAAUACGUUGUUGCGGCAGUUACUGGUUAUUUCUACUCAAUUGCUUGUGCAUCAACUACCAAAGGAGUUGAUGACAGUUUACAGGAUAUUCUUCGUCUCCUCACAUUGUGGUUCAACCAUGGGGCUACAUCCGAAGUACAAACAGCAUUGCAGAAAGGGUUUUUACAUGUAAAGAUUGAGAUGUGGUUGGUUGUAUUGCCCCAGAUAAUUGCAAGGAUUCAUUCAAACAAUAAAGUUGUAAGAGAAUUGAUACAAUCGUUAUUGGUACGAAUCGGAAGAGGGCAUCCACAGGCUCUUAUGUACCCUCUGCUGGUAGCAUGCAAGUCAAUAAGCGUUUUGCGUAGGCGUGCGGCGCAAGAUGUCGUUGAUAAAAUUCGCCAGCAUAGUGGAGUUCUUGUCGAUCAGGCUCAGCUUGUAUCUAAGGAGUUGAUUAGGGUUGCAAUCUUGUGGCAUGAAAUGUGGCACGAGGCUUUAGAGGAAGCUAGCCGAUUGUAUUUCGGUGAGCAUAAAAUAGAUGGAAUGCUUGCGACGCUUGAACCUUUGCAUGCGAUGCUAGAGGAGGGGCCUGAGACAUUGAAAGAGACUAGUUUCAUUCAGACAUAUGGCCGUGAAUUACUGGAAGCUCGCGAAUGCUGCUUGAAAUAUAGGAGCACUGGAAAGGAUGCAGAGCUAACUCAGGCCUGGGAUUUGUAUUAUCAUGUUUUUAGAAGAAUAGACAAACAGCUGCCUAGUCUCACCACUCUAGACUUACAGACUGUUUCACCAGAGUUGCUCAAAUGUCGUAAUUUGGAGCUUGCUGUACCUGGAACUUAUUGUGCAGAUGCCCCGGUGGUGACCAUUGCAUCUUUUGCACCACAACUUAUUGUAAUCACAUCAAAACAGCGACCUAGAAAAUUAACAAUUCAUGGAAGUGAUGGGAAGGACUAUGCCUUUUUACUGAAAGGGCAUGAGGAUUUGCGGCAAGAUGAACGAGUCAUGCAGCUUUUUGGUUUGGUGAAUACUCUCUUAGAGAAUGCAAGGAAAACUGCAGAAAAGGAUCUCUCCAUCCAGCGCUAUGCGGUCAUUCCUUUGUCUCCUAACAGCGGCUUGAUUGAAUGGGUUCCGAAUUGCGACACCCUUCAUCAUCUAAUCCGGGAAUAUAGAGAUGCUAGAAAGAUGUUCUUAAAUCAAGAGCAUAGACUUAUGCUGGCAUUUGCACCCGACUAUGACCACUUGCCCCUCAUUGCAAAAGUGGAAGUGUUUGAGCAUGCUUUGCUGAAUACUGAGGGAGAUGACCUUGCAAAGGUUCUGUGGCUAAAGAGUCGGACCUCUGAAGUUUGGCUUGAACGUCGGACAAAUUAUACAAGAAGCCUAGCUGUAAUGAGUAUGGUUGGCUAUCUUCUCGGAUUAGGCGACCGCCAUCCUAGUAAUCUUAUGCUGCAUCGUUUUAGUGGAAAAAUAUUGCAUAUUGAUUUUGGAGACUGCUUUGAGGCUUCAAUGAAUCGAGAAAAGUUCCCUGAAAAAGUACCUUUUCGGUUGACAAGAAUGCUUGUGAAAGCUAUGGAAGUUAGCGGUAUUGAAGGAAAUUUCAGAUCAACCUGCGAGAAUGUCAUGCAAGUUCUGCGGACAAAUAAGGACAGUGUCAUGGCCAUGAUGGAGGCCUUUGUGCAUGACCCUCUCAUCAAUUGGCGUCUGUUCAAUUUCAAUGAAGUCCCUCAAAUGCACGUUCACCCAGUUGUCAAUAGUGAUGAAUCUGCACCUAACAGAGAACUCCAGCAACCUCUUCGUGGGGUCCGUGAAAGAGAACUUCUUCAGGCUGUUAAUCAACUUGGUGAUGCUAAUGAGGUUCUGAACGAGCGCGCAAUUGUUGUUAUGGCUCGGAUGAGUAAUAAACUUACUGGCCGUGACUUCUCUUCUGGUUCAUCAAUUGCUGGUUCCGCCAACUCCAUCCAACAUGUGGCUGAUAACGGUAACUUAAUUUCCGGUGAUGCUCGUGAAGCCGAUCAUGGUUUGAGUGUCAAACUUCAAGUACAGAAGCUAAUAUCACAAGCAACUUCGCACGAGAAUUUGUGUCAAAACUACGUCGGGUGGUGUCCGUUUUGGUGACCUGCUGCGAUUUUGUAAAUAAUGUAGAUAGGUUGUAAAUAUCAAUUGCUUUUCCUCCUGUAGAAAUGUUGUAUUGUAGUAAUGCUUGAAAUUAUCCAGUAUAUCUGCAUAGCAGUACCCUAGUGUUAAAGGUGGUGGCGUAACUAUCUCCCACUUGUUUGCGAGAUCACCGGCAUUGCAGCUGGUAUCCUUCUUUCACUGGUAAAACCCUAACCAAAGAUGAUUUUUAAUAGUGGAAACUAUUUCUUGUGGCCAUAUAUUUUCUGAUAAAUAUCAAAAUAACUGCUAGAUGUUAUUCUUUUCA